GCUAUUGCAUGCUCCAUUGCAGGCCCCAGACAUGGCGUCGCCCGACACCGCCCACGGCCUCCUGCGUAAGAGCACCAACGACCCUUCGCCAGCCAAGAUGAUCCGGAUGACCUUAGCGGUUGUGACAGUGUAUUCUCUGUGCUGGCUUCCCUUCAACGUCCUCAUAACAACGCUCGACUGGUACGAAGAAGCACAGGAGUGGGGCCACCUUCACCACGUCUGGUUCGUCUUCCACUGGCUCGCCAUGUCCCACGCGUGUUACAACCCCCUCAUCUUGUGCUGGAUGAACACCAAGUUUAGGGAGGGAUUCCUCAACGUGUUUUACCACCUGCUGCCCUGCUGUCGAGAGCGGAUCGCCGAGUGUCUGCUCAAGCUGCGCCAGAAGUCGGGGUUGCAGCGCGCGUACACCUAUAGCACGGCGCUGGGGAGCUCGCGUACGUCCAGGAACCAGAGGUACGUCGACGACCCACUACAGCGCCGCGGGUCGUGCUGCUCCUCAACAGGCUUCGUCCCCCUUCAGCAGCCGACCACGGACGUCCCUCUCAGGGUGUUCCGCACGUGCUCCCUCCAGACCUCUGCCAACGGCCUCUAUCGCUGCGGGGCUCGAGUCAGCACCUCCACCUCCGACUUGCAAAUCCGAGCCGCCGACCUCCAGCACUACCACAUCAGCGGGAGAGGAGAGGCUGAGAGGGCCAGGGCGAGGAUGCAGUACCUGGAGGUGCCACAUCUGCAGCACCAGGGGGGCCAGGUCAAGGCCGUGGAGUCUAAGGUGUAAGAGGCUAGAGGCGGGGCCUCUCUUACUCUUUUUCUUAGUCUUAUUCUUGGUGCUGGUCUCACCUUCCUGUUCUCUUCCUCCUCUCUCUCUCUCUGAAUAUAUAUAUACAUACAUACAUAUAUACAUACAUAUAUACAUUCAGACAUAUACAUGCACACAC